AUGUUCCUAGCUCUGGUGAAUGAUGCCGCACAUGAUAUCGAGCAUCAUUGGAAAUAUGUUGACGACCUAAGCCUUCUCGAGAUUCGCACGACAUCGGCACCACCGAAACUACAGGACCAUCUUGACGAAUUAGAAAAUUGGAGUAAAGACAAUGACAUGAAAUUCAAUACCACCAAGAGCAAUGCCAUGUCUGUCAACUUCACGAAACGUACCAUCAACACUCCUUGUUUGCGUCUCAAUGAUGAGCCUCUGAAAACAACGGAAUCCCAGAAAAUACUGGGCGUGCACUUACAAUCCAAUCUCAAGUGGGACAAACAAGUUGGUGAUAUGGUAUCAAGAGCGGGAAAGCGAGUAUUUAUGAUAAGUCGUCUUCGAAAGGCAUCCAUCCCAAGUUGUGACUUAGUCAACAUCUACUCAUCCUACAUACGUCCUAUUUUGGAGUAUUCAUCUCCCCUUUGGUCCCCAAGCAUCACUGCAAAUCAGUACAAUGAUAUUGAGAAAAUCCAGAAACGUGUCUGCCGCAUCAUUAUGAAGGACCAGUAUGUUUCUUACGACCAUGCUCUAGAGCACCUCUCCAUCUGUCGUAUGUCGGAGCGUCAUGAACAACUACUGGAUUCCUUUGCUCGAACGGCUGCUUCUGGCAUGAUUCUCAAACGCACUACCGAGGAGAAAGGUGACGUUGUAGCCCCGGUGAAUGAGCUGUUCUCCAAUGGCCGCUGA